CUUCUUCUUCUUCUUCUUCUUCAUCAACCUUGUCCAGCCUACAGUACCACCGCACUCUUUUGUAAAAAAAAGGACUCUCAAAGAAACCGAUCCAUACCAAUAACAGGUUAAAAUGCCGCAGUAUGAGCCCCUCGUCGGGAGCGAUAUUCGCCUUUUACAACUAUUCCCGCUUGACCCGGGCGACAGCGGUCUGGUCGAGUGCAAGCUCGUUCAGGUACCUCUAGAAUCUGUCCAUUCAAAGUACAAGGCUCUAUCCUACGUCUGGGGGGAUGCGAACGUCACGCGCCCCAUCUCGGUCGAUGGCAAAGAGGUGCAGGUCAACGCUAGCCUGGAAGAAUGCCUACGCCAGUUCUGCCAGCCGGGCCAAGAUGACCUGCCGUAUUACCUCUGGGUGGACGCAGUGUGCAUAAACCAGGCGGACCUCGCGGAGCGCAGCGCGCAGGUGAUGCGGAUGAAGGACAUCUACUCGACGGCCCAAGAGGUGCUCAUAUGGCUGGGUCCCGAGCGCGAGCACACAAGGGCUGCUCUUGCUUGUUUUGAGACAAUGCACUUUGAGAGCCUGCGUAUCAUGAACAGGAUGCGGGAUCAAGACAAUCCAGAUGAGCACUACUUUGAGAUUGUAGCAGGCCAGUGGAAGACCGUUGCCAUGCGAGGCGCAGAUUCGGAAGAGAUGAGAGGCAUGUUCGACAUCCUGACACGAGACUGGUUCUGCCGCGUAUGGGUUCUGCAGGAGGUCAGCAUGGCGCAGCAGGCGACUUUUGUCUGCGGCGUUCUGCGGACUGAUGUUGGAAACCUUUGGGCUGCGGCAAUGGGCCAUGUGUUCACCUUGUUUGUGGAUGAUAUUGUCGAAUCGGGCUGGGAUAAGCUUCAGCAGAAUCUCCCGAUAUUCUACGACAGAAGGGCUCUAAGCUCUCUUUACAUGUUAACGAAGAUGUUGAAGUGGGAUGGAUGUGAGGAAUACCGAGGGAGACGUAUCCUGCAGGAUUAUGACUUGGGUGGUCUCGAACUAUUCUUCCACGUUCGAGGAUUGCAAGUUCUUGGAAGUCUGGAAGGGAUGCUACUCGAGUUGCCCUUGCAGCUUGCAACUGACCCGCGGGACAAGAUCUAUGGAGUCCUUGGGCUCAGCUCCGAUUUUUCAGAGGGCGGAAUCGUCCCAAACUACGCCCUGCCGGUAGCCCAAAUAUUUAUGGAUGCCUUCGCGAGCAUGAUCAAGGAGAGCGACUCCUUGCACCUCCUGUCCGGGUGUAAUUUCAGCCUGCUCCGCGACAGUACGAUAAACGAGCACAUUCCGACAUGGGUGCCCGCGUUGUGGACGAACAAUGACAAAGAUGUCAAGAAAAUGCCCAUACCUAUUAUGACUAAAAUACCCAGUUCCCCUAGCAGAACCGCACAUACCGCAUCAGGCGGACUUGCUCUGUCUUCGCACCCUUGGAAUGUGGAUUUGGAGCUGGCACGUCUGAGUCUUUCCGGGAUUGUGAUCGAUAGCAUCCAGCGGUUGACGAAAAAUAUUUCGUUAGAACCUAAUACCAAAGAAAUGAAUGACACGACGUAUAUUAAUCAGCUUGCCAACUCAAGGCUCGACGAGCUAGUGUCAGACCAAAACCUCGAGUAUCCCUUGACAGGAGAAAAGGCAUGGGAGGCUGGGGCGGCAACCAUGACGGCAAAUGUUCGCAAGCGUCAGGACAUGACAGGCGAGGACACUCCGCAGAGCUCCGAGCCAAUCGAACAGCCACCACUAUUGGAUAAGCAAGGCGAUCGGCACGUUUGGUGUUUGGGUAAAGACAACUUGAUGGGCGCGGUGGUGAUGGAUUUCUUGUCAUAUGCGAGACUAGCCGAAUCUUGCAACGGGUGGUUUUGUUUGGUCCCAAAAGAGACCAGGGAAGGGGACAAGAUUGCUAUGCUUGUCGGCGGGUCGACUUUUUACGUCCUGCGACCACAGGAUGAUGCUGGGUCGGGAGGUCCUGGUCUUGAUAAAACUUGGCAGCUGGUGGGUGCAGCCUACGUCCACGGGAUGAUGGAUGGCCAAGCGUUGGACCUCGGGGAGAUUGACAAGAUUGUGUUGGUCUGAAGCAGGCUGCUGUCACGGAAUCUAUGAUAAUAAGUGUAGCUUUUCUCGAUAGAAAAGUAAGCAAUAGAUGAUGACGAAGGGUUGGUUGGUUCUUGGGUCAGAAACGAGAAAACCAAGAUAAAAAUGCGACUUGCCAAUUGACACUUGUUGCAACAUGUUCAGUCGACGCAAGUUCGUUCGACUUGCUCAAAGGAACCUCGAAUAAUUUUUGCUGCAAUCCGGUUUUGUUGUCUGCGGUUGGAUCUGUCGAGAUGGAA